CAGUUCUCCAUUUUGUCCCUCUCCGGUUGCCGUAGUCAGGAGAACACACGUGCAGUAUUUACUAGAGUGAUGUAGCCACUGCUGUCUGAAACUCACACUUCAGUAAAUAUGGCAGAUCAGAUCCCCUUCGUGGCCCUAGAUGCUGUUCUGAAAGAGAGUGGCGCUCUCCCAGAGGACAUGCCACAGAUCAGAGGUUAUGAUUUUAAUCAGGGAGUAGACCACCGAGCUCUGCUGCACUCCUACCUCACCACAGGCUUCCAGGCUAGCAGUUUUGCCAUGGCUGUACAGGAGAUCAAUAAGAUGAUUGACAGACGUCUGGAGCCGGUGGAGGAGCAGGAACAGACCUGUGACUCUCAGCAGAGUGAGUCAGGAUGUACCAUCUUCUUAGGCUACACAUCCAACCUCAUCAGCUCCGGGGUCCGCGAGAGCAUCCGCUAUCUUGUUCAGCAUAAAAUGGUGGACGUGGUAGUGACAACAGCAGGAGGCAUUGAGGAAGAUCUUAUUAAAUGUUUGGCUCCCACAUAUCUAGGUGAAUUUAGCCUUCCAGGCAAAGAGCUGAGACAGAGAGGCAUCAACAGAAUCGGUAACCUGCUGGUGCCUAAUGACAACUACUGCAAGUUUGAGGACUGGUUGAUGCCCAUCCUGGACCAGAUGGUGUUGGAGCAAAAAACGGAGGGCACAUGCUGGACUCCCUCCAAAAUGAUCCACAGACUAGGCAAAGAAAUCAACAACCCUGACUCUGUGUACUACUGGGCUUACAAGAAUGACAUCCCUGUGUUUAGUCCUGCCAUCACUGAUGGUUCAUUGGGUGAUAUGAUCUAUUUCCAUUCCUACAAGAACCCGGGACUGGUCUUGGACAUUGUGGAGGAUAUCCGGAGGUUGAACUGUAAAGCUGUGUUUGCCAAAAACACAGGCAUGAUCAUUCUGGGUGGAGGCCUCGUGAAGCACCACAUCGCAAACGCCAAUCUUAUGAGGAAUGGUGCCGAUUUUGCUGUGUACGUGAACACGGGGCAAGAGUUUGAUGGCUCAGACUCAGGGGCCAGACCAGAUGAGGCUGUGUCUUGGGGAAAAAUCCGCAUGGAUGCCAAACCUGUCAAAGUCUAUGCAGAUGCCUCUAUAGUCUUUCCCCUGCUGGUGGCUGAAACGUUUGCACAUCAGGCCAGCAAACUGACUUCACAUAAAGAGAGUGACUAACACCACCUGCUCUUUCCUCCUGUAGUUUCUCUUUCCUUCUUCUCCAAUUUUUUUAUUUACUUUUUUCUUCUGGUAUGUUUGUAUCCGUUGUCGCUGAUUCCACCUACUUCUUCACAGCUGCCCAAAUUGUUUUAGAACUAUUUAUUAAGUCUUCUUAUUGAAGUUUUAUUUAUAAUUUUGGGUAACUGUAUACUUGUGUUCCCCUCUUUACUUAUAACUGCAUGACGUGAUUAUAUAUGUAUAUAAACACAUGCCUCCACUCCUUCUCCUCCUCUCCAGGCGGCUUUGCUUCAUCCUGUAAAAAAAAAAAAAGGUUUUUUUGUGUUUUUUGUUUUGUUUUGAAGCAACCUGUGACAUUGCAAUCCUCCUGCACUCACCUGAACUGGACAUACUGCCAGUUUGGGAUUUGGAUCAGCUGUUUCUAGAGUACUUCCUCUUGGCUUACUGGUUUUUUUUUUUUUUUUUGGAUGUGGCAUGUGGUCACCAGCACAUCGUUUGCGGGUUUGGGUUUGACUGCUGCCUCCUCUGGGAUUUGCACGUCAGCCGAGAGGGAAAUGUGAGGCAUUUGCAGCUGUGCAACAAACUCAUAUUUAGGAUAAAUGCAAGUGCACUACAGGUCACUGUAUAUUACUGGUCUGAAUUUCUUAUUUAUAUAUGAUCAGAAGUUUGUCUCUUGUCAUCUGUAUGGAUUAAAAGUUUAUGGAGCCAAAGAGCCGCUCAUACAGCUUUUGACUGGAGGUCAGUAACUUUUCAUUCCUCUGACCAGGAAAAGCAAAGAAAUCAAUAUCAGCAAUUUGCACUGCUGUACACUGCUAUCUGCCUCUGCUCUGCUUCAUACAUACAUCACUCUGUGUCCUUAGCCAAGGACACCUUCCACCUCCUGGAGCUACUUUUACUGCCACCCUCCUCUCCUAUAUAAAUACAUAAAUGCUUUUAUUAAAGCUGUAAGAAAAUAAAAAGGUUAUGAAUAUUUUUAUUUUUUGCUGUAACAGCAUUGCAAAGUCAGUUGUUUUUCUAAUUAUACGAAGCAAAAAGUCCUUUUCAGCCGGUUAGACUGAUGCCAUGCUGCUUCAGCCAUUUAUGUAAAUUUAUGUGAAGGUUUGUUGAAGAUUUGUGUGGCUUCUUUUAUGAUUAUAAACAUUUGACUUUAUAGAAAAAGAAACAUCUGUAAGCAUUCAAGCCUCUUGAGCUUUAUCAUGGAGGAGACAUUACAGAUUUAGUUUUAUUUCAGACAUUGGAAUGCAGUUUGCUUUAAACAUUAGUGAAACUUCUGCCGUUAGGUGUUUAGUUCCAAAACACCAACCAGGUUUUGGUGUCAUGCUGAGGAUGGUGUUAUUCAGUGAUAUUACAUGGAAGUGCUAAAAAUCUACCAAACCAGGCCUUAUAAAUGACAUAAUAUAAAUAAAGUGGGGGCAAACUGUUACACACGCACACAAGAUUAAGGAUUUCAAGAUUGUAAUGCUCUUCUGCGUUCAUGUAAAAUACCAAAAACUGUGUCUGGUCCAUCUGUUUUAUUUUUUGGACUUGCCCAAUGAAGAAAUAGCUUCAGAAAGAUGAUGUAGAAGUUUCCAGUGUUUUUUUUUUUGUUCCUUACCAACAAUUUUGUUGGUUGCUUGUUAUACUUUGUCUCGCUCACUAUUUAUUCCCCAAUCCUUGAAACUGAUGAACAUUCAUUAACAUACUUCAGGUUCAUAUAGUCCAAAUUAGACUUGCAAUGUUUUCAAAACCUGGAAAGCAGGAGCUGUCAUUUUGUCAAAUGUUAGCAUCUACUUUAUGCCCACAUGACUGGUUUCUGGGCAACGAAAAUGUGGGGCUGGGCAAUUGGAGUGUCUUCAUGUAUGAAUACUUGGCUAAAUGCUUUUGUAAUGUGUAUAGACUCUAGUGUAAAAAUGUAAUCCUUUUUAAAUUAAAAUAUAUAUUACACUGUAUGUAUAUCAUCUGUAUUUAAUGUAAAUGACUUAAAAAGUAAUCAAAUCUGUCCACAGCAUUUUUGCCUGUUCCAGUCUGUCUUAUGAUCACACUGAAAUAAAAUCAGUA